AAAUGACAUUUACAUGUAUAUUAGGUUAGUGGAUAUUUCCAGGCAUUCCACCCAUGUAAGGAGCCACUGGUAUGAUGUACUGGAUGAAUCCCUUAAUAACAUUGAUUGCUGGUUUAAUUCAUCAUUUAAUUUAGCACAUUCAAGUACUUGCUCUCCUUUUCCCCUCCAUUUACUCUUUCUAAGCUGCCCUUUCUUUAUGCUUGAAAGUGAAAUUAACAUACACGAUAUUCAUCAUGGUUUUUCAAAUAUAAUAUGAAAUGAUUUAUUAACUGCAUGACUUGGUGGUGUGGAGUUCAGGGAAUUCAAGUCAGCGCAGUUUCACCACAUUGUAAAGGAAAACUUCCUUCCAAAGCACAUGGCUGUUUACUGGUGCACUGGGUACCAGCUACCCCUUGUCACACCCAAUUUCAUUACCAUCGUAAUUUCACUCACCAUAGAUAGAGUGAAAUAUAGCAACAAUACAUUAUCUGAUCACUAUUUCACAUCCUAGUACAAAGGCAAGGGAGUGGACUCGGCCUGCCUGACAAAUAACAGUACAGCAUUAGCUAAUAAAGAGUUAGUGGCCGCAGUUCACUGAUAGUUUGUCAUAAUCCACUUUUAAAAUAUGUGUAAACCAAGUGUGAAUUUCAAGGCUGUCUGAGACAUUCCUAAUUGCCGCAUAAAAACUCAGCAGUGAUCUCGGGGAGCAUCAGAGGCGACGUGAGCUACAUUUCGGAAAGCUGAUACAGCAGUUGUUUCUCUCUUAACUUAACAAAAGAGUACUUGGCCAACAUGAGAGCCGGAUCUUACACUCAGAAGAGCUUGCAAGUUAGCAGCUCUGGCAGCAGAGUGAGGGUUCAGAGCCCGUCGCCUUCCCGGUGCCGUGGAUCCUCAUAUGACAAUCGUGGACGUUCAGGUUAUCGUGGCGGCACUGCCGUUGAGUUGGGCACAGAGAUACAUCAGCACCAUGCCAAUGAGAAAGAGGAAAUGCAGGAACUCAAUGUCAAGUUUGCUGGAUAUAUUGAGAAGGUCCAAGCUCUAGAGCAGAGAAACGCUGCUCUUCAAGCUGAGCUUGCUUCUCUUCAGAGCCGCUACAAGGGAGGCCCCACAGGCAUCAGUGAAGAGUAUGAGCUCAAGUUCAAAGAGGUGCGAGAGCUGAUUGAGACCCUGACUAAUGAGAAGGGAGCGGCUGACAUUGAAAGGGGCUACCUUGACGAGGAGGUUGAAGUGUGGAGACUAAAGCUGGAGGAGGAGCUGGCACUUAAAGAGGAGGCAGAAAUGAUCCUGAGGGAGUUUCGCCAAGAUGUUGACAAUGCAACACUGCAGAAGGCUGAGCUCGAGAAGCGCAUUGAGCAACUGGUGGCUGAGAUCGAGUUUCUCAAGAAGCUGCAUGAUGAAGAGGUGGCUGACAUCAUGAAGCAAAUUGAGGACUCAAAGGUUACUGCCGGACUUGAUGGUGAUCGCCCUGACCUGGCUGCCUACCUGCGCAACAUGCGUGCAGAGAUUGAGGCUGUUGCUGCCCGCAAUGUCCAGGAAGCUGAGAAGUGGUACAAGACCAAGUUUGACACACUCAAGGAGCAUGCUGGCAAACAUGAAGAACAUAUGAAGACCAUGAAAGAUGAGAUCUCUACUUUCCAUAACCAGGUGACGGACCUGCAGAACCAGAUUGAUGGGCUGAGGGCACGCAACGCUGCCCUGGAGCAGCAGCUGGAGGACAUGGAGAUUGCCCACAUUGACAAGGUGGGAGGUCUAGAGGGUGUCAUUGCUCAAUUAGAAGCCCAGCUCUGUGAAACCAAACUGGAGAUGACCAAAUAUCUCCAAGACUAUCAGGAACUGCUGCACAUUAAGCUCAAGCUGGAUGCAGAGAUUGCCACAUACAGGAAGCUGCUGGAAGGAGAAGAGAACAGGCUUGGAAUUGCACAAGAUGCCUAAAUAUCCUGGGUGAGAGGAGCAGGAGGUCUAAAGCAGCAGCAGCACAGCGUCGUGGAGUGAAGAGACUAGCUAGUCAAGUUAAAGACUCUUCCCUGUCAUUUGCCCUCCUAACAGCAAUGGUUGGGUAUUAUUCUGAAUUUUCCCCCACCACUAUGGAUAUGACACAAAGUUUCAGAACAGGUACCUGAUCAGUAUUAAUACUGUUCUUUUCUUCUUAAACAACAGGGUCACAGCAGUCCAAAAUAUUUAUGUCUGUGAUUUUCCCAAGUUGAUUUAAAUCAGGAAAAAGAGGUAGACAAAAGAAGGUAAAGACAAUAGAACAAAAAAGCUAAUGAAUCAUACCAUCCAUUUGAACAGAACUAUGUUGAGAUUCACUACCUAGCCCUAAAUUUAACCCCACAUGUCACACUGUGUCCACAUUAUUCUUAAGAAUAUAUGCCUUUGCUUGUGUUACAGACCUUUUUACUUUACAUGAUUUUCAUUUCCAUUUCAGUACAUUGAGUACCCCCUUUCUGUUUGUCUUUGUUCCUUUCCUUUUCUUUACUCCUGCUCCUACACUACCCCCCACCCCCAUACCUCUAUCAACUCCCUUUGCCACUGUUGUUCACCUUUUGCCAUUACUGCUUCUCAUCGUAAUAAAAUGUUUGAAUCCCACCACCGUCACAAUAAAAUAGCAUUAUUCUGCCUCGAUGUGUCAUAUCUCAGCCCAAACGGAGCAGAACUAAUUGCCAUCAUCUUAUUAUGACUGGUCUUCACACUUAACAUUUUUAUUCCAAAUGUUUUGAAAACAUGCAACUAUUGACCAUAUACACUAAUGUUGAUCAACUGGUACUUAAUAAAGAUUGAAGUGAGUGCAUUCAAAA